AGUAAGAUCUAUAUCUAGAUUGUUAAAACAAACGACAAUGCGACAAAGACGAACUGUUCUGUUCAGUUCUUGCACAUCUUGAUCUAGAAAUCUAGAUUCUAGAUCUAAUAGAAUCUAGAGUAGAUCUAGAUUCUAGAUCUAAACAGAAUUGAGAAUUAUAUUGUAGCCUCCCUACUUCAACUUGAGUGAACAUGGAUGGAAUCAAAACUGAUAAGCUCGAGAGCAGUCUUCUGAUAGUAAUUCUUGACACCAAUCCAGUAUGGUGGGGAAAGAAAAAAAUUGCUCAAGAUCCAAUGACUCUGAGCCACUGUGUGGAUUGCCUGACUGUGCUGGCCAAUUCUCACCUGAUGGUCUCCCAUAACAACAAACUGGCUGUCAUUGCCGCUCACACGGACAUCAGCACAUUUCUGUACCCGAGUUCUCAGCCGGCACGGCCAGACAUCUUCAAGCUACCGGACGAUGGUCAGUAUGAAGUGUUCAACUCUGUAGAAAGCCAGCUGAGGACCCAACUUAAAACGCUGAUUGAAGCUGACAAAGCCCAGGUGGAUUACAUGGAGGAGCAGUCGAGUGACUCGCUGUUAGCCGGAGCGAUGUGCAUGGCUUUGUGCUAUAUUCACAGGCUGGAGAAAGAGUGUCCUAUUGGGGAAUCACUGACUGCUCGGAUUUUGAUAUUGAAAGGUUCAGAUGACUGCCCAUCCCAGUAUAUGAAUUUCAUGAACGCAGUCUUCACUGCUCAAAAGCAGAAUGUUGUUAUUGAUGCCUGCAUAUUGGACUCUGAAUCUGGAUUGUUACAACAGGCCUGUGAUAUUACAGGUGGCACAUAUCUAAAUAUUCCUCAAGCCCAGGGACUUCUACAAUAUCUCCUGUGGGUAUUCCUGCCUGACCCAAGUUCACGGUCCAAGAUGGCUCUUCCACCCCGGGCUCAAGUUGACUACAGGGCGGCGUGCUUUUGUCACAGAAAUCUCAUAGAAAUCGGUUACGUCUGCUCCGUGUGCUUGUCAAUUUACUGCUCCUUCAGCCCCAUUUGCUCCACAUGCCAAACCACAUUCAAGAUCAUUGGGCCUCAGAAACUCGUGAAGAAAAAAAUAAAGAAACCAUGAUGAAAAGUGUA